GCCAAGGAUCAACGCAAUAGUCCCCAACUGUCUAAUCCAUAACCAAUACCGCAGCUGGCAAUCACCAAAAUCACUUUACGACAUCCCUAUUAUAUUAGCACUCUACAACAUGAAGACGGCUAGCACUCCAUGCAACCAUGAUUUCGAGAUGAAAAAGAGCACAAGCACUCUAAUGCUAUGGAGAUGUCACUUGUGCUACUCCGGACCGCAUUAUGCCAUCUGGCAAUGCAAGUAUUGCGAUCUCGUUAUCUGUGAACCUUGUAAAAAUAAGGGCAAAUGA